AUGCCACAACCUCAGAAUUCAACGUUCCUGGUGAACGGAGAGGUGGUACCGCCGGUGUACCUGAACCGAACGUGGAAUACAACGACGGUGAACCAGCUGCUCGGGUUACCAGGUAUGUUCUCAACAUUUACUGCACCAGAACUACUGCGACUUCGAGGGAUCGCAAUAACAUCAUCGUCAAUAUCGAUCCUGGCUGCUGCCGUAGGGUUCCUUUACAUCACAGGCAUUGACCAGCGGCGGCGUGUGUUUCGGCACAAUCUCGUCUUUUUUCUUAUAGUGUGCGAUUUCCUAAAGGCACUGGUGCUUUUAAUAUAUCCAGUAGUAAUAUUGGCUCGGAACGACGUUUAUGGCAUGCCCGCUUUUUAUAACACUCUUGGCUGGCUUAGCGCCUUCGCCAUCGAGGGUGCGGACUUCGCCAUUGCUAUAUUUGCCAUACAUUUUGCACUGCUCAUCUUUGUGCCAUCAUGGAAAUGGCAGAAUCGCUCAACAGGUAACAUGGAGGGUGGCCUUUAUCGCAUGCGCCACUCCCUCUACCCAGUAACUUUUCUGGUGCCAAUGAUCUUGGCAAGCUUGGCUUUCGUUGGCUUCAACACAUUUAUACCGGUGAACUUGAAUGAUAGGGUGGUCUUAGACAACGAUAGCUUUGAUUUUUCUUAUCAGGCCCGCAAAGGCGGUUACAAAGCACUCAGUGCAUGGUGCUAUCUACCACCCCAUCCAGUGUGGUACAGGAUAUGUUUAAGCUGGGGUCCUCGUUAUUUUAUUUUGGUGCUAAUCAUGUUCAUCUACGUGAGCAUCUACAUUUUUGUUUCCAAAGAAAACCGGAAGAUUAAGAACCAAAUUGGGUCCUUCAAAUCCAAAGACUCUCUUGAUAUCCACCGUGCGAGGGACAGUAUGGGGAAAAUACUCACAUUACAACAAAGGCUACUGAUUUACCUGAAGUUCUUCUACAGGAAGUCGAGAAUUCCUAAAAUAAUGAGUGCACUAGGAAACUUCUUUUUCCUUUCAUUAGAGGACUACCGUCACGAAGAUUUGACGGAGCGCGAGUCAUCAGAUCAAGCUCUUGCUUCUCUCAGAAGAGCGAAUGGCGAUGAUGUUACGGCCCGAGCUGCAUCGGACCUAAACUCGAAUUAUAUUCCAUUGAGCCUUGCGCGUCGCAACGUAUUAUCUUCAUUAAAAGCUUCAAACAAACGCUUUAGUUGCUCGUGUCCUACCCUCCCCAGAUAUCGGCUGCAAAGACGCGGUGGCUCGGUGGGUAAUCUUAGAACAGCAUGCUCAAGUGCAGGCUCAACAAGAAGGCAUUCAGUGAAUGUUUCUGCUUUUGGCGAUUCAGUCUCAACGACAAACGUAUUUGAGCCGCCGCACCAACUCUCAAACGAAGAACCAAAUUGGAAUAAAGCUUUAGGAGUUCCAAGCAGAGUUGGCUCGAAAAACUCACAAAGUGGGCUAACAGCAUAUCCAAAAACCAAUAUGACCUCAUCAUCGCUUCAAGCAACCAACAGUUUUGAACGCAGCUUUAACUUCGAAAGACAACAAAAUUCCACGAACCUUUCACCUGUUAGAUCGGUUGCUUCAAACCGUGAUAGUUCUUUUAGGACGGCACCAGUGCACUUAAAAAAUACUACAAGUCGGACACUCACACGUCUGAAUGCAGACCCUGACGAUCCUGACGUGAUUGCCCUUGAUACCAACCAUCUUAAUGGUGUCAAGCAGAACUUUCAAUCUGAAACUUAUCAGGAGUUCAAAAAGCGCAGGGCUCAGAUUCAAAAGCAAAUGAGGGCAAUAUUCAUUUAUCCAUUCUCCUAUAUUCUGAUUUGGACAUUUCCGCUGGCCGUAGAUGUCAUUCAGUACCGUUAUGAAAUAGUGCAUGGUCCAGUUGUAUGGCUUGAAUACAUUGCCACUUUCAUGCAACCACUAAGUUGCUUCGUGGAUGUUAUGGUGUUUAUUUACAGGGAAAGACCUUCGCGACAUUCUUGGGCUUCAAUAACAAAAAAUGAGCUUUUGAAUACUUACUCGCUGAAAGGGGAAUUAGGUGAGCAAAAAAUUCGCGAGCUUUGCAACAGCGAGCUGGGGAAAAAGGGAUGGUAUUAUCGUGGAAGAUGGACAAAGCUCGGGUGUUGGAGGUAUAAACCUCAGAGGUGGAAGCGCGUUGCAUGGUUCAUCUACCGUUUUGUAAAAGGGUUUGUCAAAAAUAAUUACGAUUUCAGCGACAAUUGCUAUGAUGCCACUUAUUGGGAGGCUCAUUAUACAGGCAAAAGUCCUUCCGAGAAUAUGGGCAGCUCUAAUAUGCGCUGUUCUGAAGCUUUGAAAGAAAUUUUGGAUGUCAACAAUACUAGAAAGGACUCUUAUUUCUCUGGUUCGACUAGCGAGUAUCUUUACGAGAAUUCUGGCUUCGUGAAAGUGCCAUUAAAGUGGCGAAUUUUGCACUGUUUGCCUAUGCUGGAGGGCGUUGAUCUUGAUGAACUCGAGUAUCAGCUGCGGACCUCUAAUAACAGCGGCAACUUCGAAAUUCCGGGCUUGAAUCUUGCUGUUAACAACUUUGGUAAGAACAAAAACGAGGAUAACUCAAACUCCUUUUUUAAGCCGGACUACAACAUGACCAAUACCUCUGCUGGGGGCCCAAAAUCUCCGUCAGCAAGACCACAACCUGUCACCGCGAAGCACAGUUCUUCUUCAUCGUCUUCGCCGUUACACAGCCUUAUUUAUGAGGGAUCUGGUGGCAGGAGAAGAUUCUCAUCAGCUAUAUUUGGGGACGACUCUCGAAAUAAUUUUACAAAUUCUAGUCAAGAUCAAGAUAUCAACGAGGAAGACUCUUCAGGCAAACAACUGGGCUUAAUGGACUUUUUAAAGGGCUAA